GGGCUGUCAUUCCAGAUUAUAGUUGGCGGUGAGCUCAAGGGUGUCCUUGUGUAUCUUUCCUUUCUUUCUGGCCCGUUGCUUUUCCACUGCUCUCGUCCCUGUUUCUUGUGGUUAUUACUAGUCUGUCCGAGUUGCUGUAAGGGAAUAACUAUACCCACAUGUCCAAGUCUAUGUCCUCACAAUCCCCAUCCCCUGCCAAUCCCAUCGAGUUCUACGACCCUCCUCACGAACACGAACAUCAUGGACCUCAUUCCUCGAACAGGAUGCAUCCAGUUGCAUCGCCCUCAGCCAGGUUGACGCGAACUGUCGCGAUAAUUAAGACACACGCAUUGGAGCAGCGUCUAGACAUAGAACAGCGUCUUGUGAAGGCAAAUUUCGAGAUAAUCAAAGAACGCCAAAUGGAGUUUGAUACGGAGACGGAUCCCGACACAUUUUUCGAGCUUUUCGGCGAUGAUGCUCGGUUCCUUGACUACGGUCCAGUCUGGAUCUAUAUUCUUGAGCGCAGACGCGCCGUCCAAGUUCUCCUCACAUUAAUGCCUUCACUUAAUGAUGCAAUAAUAGGCGCAAAGCACGAAGAGCAAGCAGAAAUCCAAAUAGCAUCUCUAUUUGCCUCCAGUCCUCCCUUUCCCACCAACGAUCUCCCUGCAAGUGAUGACGAACUGGUUUCAAAUGAUGAAUUCGACCCUGGUUCUGUACGCUCGAUCGACUCUGCAAUCCUGGAAGCUCUCAGGCUGGGUUUGAAUGCCCCUCCAGGCGUUUUUACACCGUCCUCUGAGUCUUCGGAUGCGCGUGCACCGCAAUUUUCAGCACGCCCGAGCCUCAGUUCCAAUGGAUCACCCUCUGAAAAGCAACAAUUUCGUGCACGGCCACUUCCAAAAACACAUCUAACUCCUGAUAUAUCUCCACGCACAACAAAAGCUGCCCUUCUUCGCCAAGGGCUGGCUGCAGAUGGCUCAAAAGCGUCUCCACUCAAAUCACGAAUGUCUACAGCUAGUACUGGCCGUAUCCCACUUCCUCGUAGGGAGAAAGAGAACGCAGCGGAGAAAGAGAUGGAGAAGGAAAGGAUCAAGAGGACAUUUGCAGGCAUUCCCGGCCACAAGCGUGCUGAGACGCUCAUCGUUGCGUCUACUGCGCCACCCACCAUUACCCCAAGGUUGACCAAGGCAGCCGCCCUACGGUUGGGCCUCGCCCAGCCCGCUUUACCUCCUGGGCGGAGGCGUGCAUCGAUGGCUGGCUCGGUCACCGAUGGAAAAGUAGCGAUCAGCGCCAAUGGGUCUGCUGUUUCUUCGCAGACAUCUUGUUCACCUAGUGAUGCCGGGGGAGAAGGCGAAGACACGGAGACUGAACGAAGACGCGAACGCAAAAAUAUUUUUGACGGUGUUCCUGGGCACAAGCGUCGCCAAUCGAUACCUGUCGCAAGUACAACUGAAGCUCCGUCCAUAGUUCCCAGAACCAACAAGACUGCAGCCCUCAGAAAGCAGGGCGGACCUCCGCCGAGCAGUUUCAUGUUCCGUACUCCGUCCGCUCCCAAGGUGCCUGGCACUCAGUCGAGAAGCAGCUCUUCUCUUAGUGCUUAUCCUGAUAGUGCCGGACCAGACUCUACUACUCGGACCCGUUCAAGUUCCACGGUACCGUCUCGGGCAUCUUCCCGUGUCUCCCAUGUCGCCCCGAGGGCAAGUUUAAACAACAUCAAUAGCUACUCCUCUCAAGCUUCUGAGAGUUCUGCAGUGAGCACUACCAGCACUACCAGCAUGGAUGAGCUCGACAGAGCCGCAUCAUCGCAACGAUCGGUGCGCCGUCUGAGCAGCCUUCAGGCUCCCUCCAUCGUUCCCCGCGUCAACAAGAGCGCCAUACUCAGGGCUCAAAAGCUGGCGGAAGAAGCAGCCAAACCGAAGAGUCCUUGGGCCAAUGCAUCUAAGCGGUAGGGGCGAUGUACUGAAACGACAGUCAAGGCAUUGGGCAUCCAGGUGGGACUGACAUAUGAGCGGUGUGUGGUUCUUAUUUUAUGCUUCAUUUACGAGAAGGCAUCGCCUUCUGGUCUUGAUUUCAGGAUAUAUCCUAUGUACACUAUUUCUCAUUUCAUAUCGUUGCAUUUGUUCUCCUUUGUAUAUGUGCCUAUCUACGGCAUCUUCACUUGCGUCUUUCACAGGUCUAUAUCUCCCUUUUUUGCCGCUC